GUAGUCUGUUGCUGCUGUACUGCCUUCCGUGUCACCUUACAUACCUGGGUACUUGGCGCACUCGCGCGCUUCUGUUGCUGACGUAGAGAGCAAUCGCGAACACAAUCCCAACCCUUGAUGGAGAAUCUGUGGCAUCUUCGUCGCGUGGCGGACAACGCUGCGAAGGCCUGCUGGAUCUGCUACAAACCCUCCACCAGUGUCCUAAUCACUCCUACCAAUAAGGACUUUUUCUAUAUUUGUCCCGGACACUUGGUCGAUCGUGGCUUCUGUCAGCCAGAAGCUGAUGAAGCCAAACGAGUAGCAGACCAGAAGAAGCAAGAAGAGCUGGAUCGCGAGAUCGAAGCUGUGAAGAAGGAGUACGAGGAGAAGCAGAAGCUCAAGAAAGAGAAGCGAAAAGGGAAAGAUAAGGAAAAAGACAAGGAGAAAGAGAAGGAGGCCAAGGGCAAAGAAGCAGAAGAGGACAAGCAAGAUGAGAAAGCCAAAGACGACAAAAUCAAAGAGCUCUCCAAAACUAAGGAUCAAGCCCAGGCUGAACUUGGCCCGCGCAUAUACCAACUCAACAAGAACUUCUACCAAAUGCGUCUAGACAAGUUGCGGAAUGCCGAGAUUGCCAAACGGAAUCGAGAACGACUGAACAACCCUGCAAACUUUCCGUCCGUGCCUAGCGGAAAUCCUUAGACCCAGAGCGCGUCCUAAUAUCGACAAUGGUCAUUAUCACACACCAGUCGUUGCUCCAGUUACUUCGAAGGAUUUCAAACCGCUUUUCGCCCGGCAGCAG